AAGGACACCACAUUGAGCUCUCCGUUUGCAUGCUCUUUGGUGUGUGUUUGUAUAUGCGCGUCUAGGUUUUCCUUGGCAGCGGCUCCGCGAUCGAUCGAGCAGCUCCCGGGAUUUCGCGCUUCGAUCCAGCAAUGGCGUCGCUGAUUGCAGGUAGUGGAAUGCUCGCGGUCGCGCGCGGCACCUCGUCCACGUCCGUCGCUUCGCUCGUCGCUCCCGAUGCUGCCAGAUCCGUCGUCUCCUUCAAUGCCAGGCCUUUCGAGAGGAGCGGUGCGCUCUCGGCACUGAAAAGCAGCGGAUUUUGCAGCUCCAGUGUGAGGAAUAGUGCUAAGAGCGGUGUCGUCAUGGCGUCGGCGGGAUCGAAUGGAACGGGGGCUGGAGUUCCGGGACUGGCUAUCGAUCUUACGGGGAAGAGGGCAUUUAUCGCUGGAGUGGCCGAUGAUCAAGGAUAUGGAUGGGCGAUUGCCAAAACGCUUGCUUCUGCCGGGGCUGAAAUUCUCGUGGGAACCUGGGUUCCGGCUCUCAAUAUCUUUGAAACCAGCUUGAGGAGAGGAAAAUUCGAUGAGUCGAGACAAUUGCCAAAUGGAUCCUUGUUCGAGAUCUCGAAAGUGUACCCCCUGGAUGCAGUUUUUGACUGCCCUGAAGACGUUCCGGAAGACAUAAAAAACAACAAGAGAUAUGCCGGAGCUUCUGCCUGGACCGUCACGGAAGUGGUGGACAGCGUGAAAAAAGACUUUGGCAGCAUUGAUAUUCUCGUUCAUUCUCUUGCGAAUGGUCCAGAAGUGUCGAAGCCUCUUCUAGAGACUUCGAGGAAAGGAUACCUCGCGGCUAGCUCCGCAUCAGCGUAUUCACAUGUCUCUCUCCUCAGACAUUUUGCUCCAAUUAUGAAUCAAGGCGGCUCAGUCAUUUCUUUGACGUACAUGGCAUCUGAAAAAACCAUUCCCGGUUACGGUGGAGGGAUGAGCUCGGCCAAGGCAGCUCUAGAAAGUGACACACGGGUUCUCGCGUUCGAAGCCGGAAGGAAAUACAAGAUCAGGGUCAACACAAUCUCAGCAGGUCCCUUGAAAAGCAGAGCUGCCAAGGCAAUCGGAUUCAUUGAGAAGAUGAUCGAUUACUCCAAGGCAAAUUCUCCCCUGCAAAGAGAUCUCGAAGCUGAUGAUAUUGGAAACGCAGCCACUUUCCUCGCCUCGCCACUGGCGUCGGCCAUCUCCGGAACCGUGUUCUACGUAGACAAUGGGCUUCACACAAUGGGAAUGGCGCUCGACAGCCGAGCUCUUGGCGAGAUCCAAGAGGCAGCGGCUCCCGCCGAGAAGGUAUCCGCGUAGGCGAUAUGAUCUUCGUUUACGCUCUCGCUCCAAAAUAACUCUAGCUUCUAUCAUUAUAACACGCGACAGUUUUGUUCUUUCACUUGCUCGAGAUAAUCAAUCAAAAGGGCAGAAUUUUUGUUC